AUGUCAAUGUCAUAAGUGGAAAGAAGCAGCACAUCCGCUUUCUUUUUCGACUGAAUAGUUGUCGCUUAAACAGGGCAAAAUGUCGCUCGUCAUCCCAGAGAAGUUCCAACACAUUCUUCGUAUCAUGAAUACGAACAUCGAUGGCAAGCGCAAAGUUGGCAUUGCCAUGACUGCCAUCAAGGGUGUGGGUCGUCGCUAUUCCAACAUUGUGCUGAAGAAGGCCGAUGUGGAUCUGACCAAGCGUGCUGGUGAAUGCACCGAGGAGGAGGUUGAUAAGGUUGUCACCAUCAUCUCAAACCCGCUGCAGUACAAAGUGCCCAACUGGUUCCUUAACAGACAGAAGGAUAUCAUCGAUGGCAAAUACUCGCAGCUGACAUCAUCCAAUUUGGAUUCAAAGCUCCGUGACGAUUUGGAGCGCUUGAAGAAGAUCCGCUCCCACCGUGGUCUGCGUCACUACUGGGGUCUCCGUGUCCGUGGCCAGCACACCAAAACUACAGGUCGCCGUGGUCGUACCGUCGGUGUGUCCAAGAAGAAGUAAGCCUAGCGGCUGCUACAACGCGUUUCCUGUAUUCAGGAUGAAGCUGUUAUUGCUUACGAUACUUCUUUAACAACCCAAAAAAGAAAAAACAAAGGAAAUAGAAAACAACAUAAAAAUUCGUA